CUUUUGGAUAAGACCUCCAAUCACACGUCAUCACCCUCCAACUAUUAUAUAUGAAAGCGAGACACCCCUCUACCAUUCAUACAUUUUCUCUCUAUUCCAAAACAGUCGCCUUCUCAAUCUAAUUACUAUUCUUAUUGACUUCAUUUUAGAAGCUUAAUUUAUCAAUAUAGCUAUCGUUUCCCCAUCACCAUUUUUAUAAAGAAAGACCCCAUUGACACACAUAUAUAUAUUCUUACAUAGGAAUCGGGGCACACAAUUCAGAGAAGAUUUUGUGUGUAAUUUGGAAAGAAUGGCUGCUGCUGCCGUGGGUUGUGGGUCUACUUGGGCUCAAUUCAAGGAUACCUCAUCAAGAAGAAGCUUGAGGAAUAAAAAGUGUAAUAGUAAGGGAUUUAGGGUUUCUUGUGUGUCUUCUACUGUGAGUGAUCCGUACCAGACACUAAGCAUUCGCCCGGGUGCAUCUGAAUCUGAGAUUAAGAAGGCUUUUAGGCAGCUUGCUCUUAAGUAUCAUCCAGAUGUAUGCAGAGGAAGCAAUUGUGGCGUCCAAUUUCACCAAAUUAAUGAAGCAUAUAAUAUUGUGAUGAGUAAUGUUCGAGGAGAAUCUAGUGGGGCGGAGAUGUACGAUGAAGACGAGCAGAACGAGCAAGAUUGGGAUCUUUGGGAGGAAUGGAUGGGAUGGGAAGGAGCUGGAAUUCGCGAUUACUCCUCCCAUAUUAAUCCCUAUAUUUAAUCUACAAUACAAACCCACACUCUUACAACCAUUUCUUUCCAGUUGUGGAGGAGCAUGAGGUUUUUUUUUGUACAGAAUAAUUUCCUUUUUAUGUUUUAGCCCCAUGUACAUGUUUUUUAUGGGGAUGCGGGGGAAUUACAUCCUCUUGUUGUAAUAAAAUGUCGAGCAACUAUUAUGGAAUUUAAAUUAAGUGUUGAUUUUCUUGAA